UCUUGCCGCCCGCCCGCCCCAGCCGGCGGCACCUCCGGGCGGCGGCUCCUCCCCCGCCGCUCGCCGCGCCGCGCCUGUGGCAGCCCGGCAGCAUGGCGGCGGUGGAGACCCGUGUUUGCGAGACGGCUGGCUGCAGCAGCGAGGCCAAGCUGCAGUGCCCUACCUGCCUCAAGCUGGGCAUCCAGGGCUCCUACUUCUGCUCUCAGGAAUGCUUUAAGGGAAGCUGGGCUACUCACAAGUUAUUACACAAGAAAGCAAAAGAUGAAAAAGCGAAGCGUGAAGUUUCCUCUUGGACCCUGGAAGGUGAUGUUAACACAAAUCCCUGGUCUGGUUAUCGAUACACUGGUAAACUCAGGCCACAUUAUCCACUGACGCCAACGAGACCUGUGCCAAGUUAUAUUCAGAGACCGGAUUAUGCUGAUCACCCACUAGGAAUGUCUGAAUCAGAACAGGCUUUAAAAGGAACCUCUCAAAUAAAAAUACUCACAUCUGAGGAUAUAGAAGGGAUGCGAGUAGUGUGUAGGCUUGCUAGAGAAGUAUUGGAUGUUGCUGCUAUGAUGGUGAAAGCAGGAGUAACUACUGAAGAAAUUGAUCACGCUGUCCAUUUAGCUUGUAUCGCAAGGAAUUGCUAUCCUUCCCCUCUGAAUUAUUAUAAUUUCCCAAAGUCGUGUUGUACGUCAGUGAACGAAGUGAUCUGUCAUGGAAUUCCUGACAGGAGGCCAUUGCAGGAGGGAGAUAUAGUUAAUGUGGAUAUUACUGUCUAUCGUAAUGGCUACCAUGGAGAUCUGAACGAGACAUUUUAUGUUGGAGAAGUUGAUGAGGGUGCAAGGAGGCUUGUCCAAACAACUUACGAGUGCCUAAUGCAGGCCAUUGAUGCAGUGAAACCUGGUGUUCGGUACAGAGAACUAGGAAACAUUAUUCAGAAACAUGCUCAAGCAAAUGGAUUUUCAGUGGUUCGGAGCUACUGUGGGCAUGGAAUCCAUAAACUUUUCCAUACGGCCCCUAACGUGCCACAUUAUGCCAAAAAUAAGGCCGUUGGAGUCAUGAAGCCAGGUCAUGUAUUUACAAUUGAGCCAAUGAUCUGUGAAGGUGGUUGGCAAGAUGAGACAUGGCCUGAUGGCUGGACUGCAGUGACAAGGGAUGGAAAGCGCUCUGCCCAGUUUGAACACACACUCCUGGUCACCGAUACAGGCUGUGAGAUCCUGACACGGCGGCUGGAUAGUAUUCGUCCCCAUUUCAUGUCCCAGUGAGAGUUUAGACUGAGCAGGUGGAGCUGAAUGAUCCUUUUUUUCUUUAUUUUUGUGUCCCUGUACUAUGCAUUUUUUUAAGAGUACAGAAUAGAGAUUUCAGCAUUUACUUUGUUCUCAGUGAUUAAGAUAAGAGGAAUAUCUUGAAGAACCUGAGGAAAGCAGAGAAGAAUUUAAGGAAUUUCCUGCUUUACCUACAACACUCAUGCUGUAUUUUUCUUUUUAUUUCAAUUAUCUGUUUAGCACCUUUCUUCCAAUUAGACCCACAAUUGCUUCUGUUACUGCCAUGAUAUUAGCUAGAAAAGCGUGGGUAACCUUUCCCACUGGGACUUGAUAUUUUGGGAUCCAGGUUUUUUCACCACUUCAAUGUGCCCUGUCACUCUUGGGAUGUGAGUGCCACCUGAGAUUUUAAGCAUUUCUAGUUCCAAAGACUUGCUCCUGCUUCUGGAGGUACUGUUCUAAUGGGCUGGACUUUGUUUAUCACUUGAGAAAGGGGCAGAAGGGAAAGACACAUGCAUGUUGCCAAGAACAGGCUACCCUUACCUUUAUUUCUGUUCCCAUCUCCCUUGUGAUGGCCUCUGUGGUGACUGCAACUUAGGUGACACAGUUAAUGGCAGGACUUGUUUCUCUUUCUGGAGAGUUGAUAGUAUGGGCUUUCUACAGGGAAAAAUAAUAAAUUCUGUCUUAUAUGCAGCUCCCUGGAAUAAGCUGCUUCUUGGCAAAGCAGUAUUUCCAGGCAGUCUCCUGCUCCAAAAGCUUAGUGAAGCUGAUGUGUCAGACUUGCCUAGGUAAAGGAAUGAAACAAGUACCAAAAAGAUCCCAAGAUUCUUGGGAUCCCCAAGCGUGUGAACUGGGGGACAUAUUUUUUAAAGGUACCUCCACAGAGCUGUGGGGGAUACGAUUUGCAAGACUUGCAAUGAAAAGAGUACAUGCGUAUCUCAAAACAAGUCUGUGAGCAAAUGAAACACCUUUGAUGCUGUAUUCAUUUUCAUUUGGUAAUUCCUAAACAGGUCAUGUUUUUCCCUCCCUCAGUUAAGUGAGUUUCAUGCUUUUGGGAAUGCUUAGGGGGCAGCUAUGGAAAUGAUCUUUUUUUUUUUCUCAGAUUGGGUAUAGAGUGGGCAAUGUUAGUAUAUAUAUAUAUCCCCCUUUAUUUUCUGUUCGUAGGUAAUGAUGAGCUGGAAACUGUCAUGUUAAAGGCUAUGGAUUGAUUAAGCCUCUCUUCUCUCUACCCUUUCUUUUCCCGUACCCACUUUACCCACUUAGGUCCUUUCCACCAUCUUUGGUGUCUCAGCUGAGGGAAUUUAUUUUUUCUUCUGAAUUGUAAUGAAAAAUGUUUCAGACCCCACUGCAGACUUAGUCUUACACCACUGUAAUGCAAAAAAUAGUUAAACCAAUGCAGACAUUAAAUCACACAAUCAUGGGCAUAAAAUACACCUUUUAUAUGGUGUCUGAUGAAUUUGUUGCCACAUUAGACCCAAGAAUAUGAGGUACUGCAUACCAUACCCUUGGCUCCCCUUAGCACUGCAGAAUUUAGGUGGGGGAAAGGGGUUAGUGCUUCACAGAACUGGACUCGUGUACUACCAAAUACCAAACUUGCCAGAAAAUGUCUUCUCUGCCCUGAGUGCCUCAGACCUCUGUUGCUGUAAGAGCAUCAUUGCAAUGUUUUCAUUACCUUUAUUGUUAUUUUUAAUUAUGCAGUAAAGUGACCUGAACUGA